AUGGCUGUGAUGUCUUUUAAACAUGGUCUGCGCUCGGAAAGUAAGCUAAAACGGUCACUUACCAAGCGCCCGGCCACAGCACUGAAAGAUUUGCGUGCCAGGAUUGAGCAGUACGCUCGCCUCGAAGAUGACCAAAUCCCCAUCAAGGUAGCAUUAACUGAACAAACAGCUCGGCACAAGAAGAGAAUGGACCGAGGGGAACAACGAGGACUCACGAUGAAUGAAGUAGACAAGUCCAAAUCUCACGAAGCAGUCGUGACCGUAAUCAAAGAACCAAUCUAUCGUAUUUUGGAAAAGAUCAAGAGAGAGCCAUUCUUUAUUUGGCUGCCGAAAAUGUUGGGAGAUCCAGCUCGGCGUAAUCAGAAGCUCAGAUGCACCUAUCACCAAGACAGGGGGCACAUGACUCAGAAUUGCAGAGCACUAAAGCAACACCUGGAAGACUUGGUAGCAGCUAGACACCUCCGAGACUACAUUGAUCAGGACAAAGCAGUGGCUGAACAGGGGAACCCUCCACCAGAACCGAAUAUUGAGCACCCUCAUCGGCUGGUAAUAAAUAUAAUCCAUGGAACGACUACCCAAGAGCACGAAGAGGCACUGAAAGAAGAAAUUGCCAAAGCUGUGCAAAUUUAG